AUGAACACAGAAGGUGCUGUGGGGACCAACCCCUCCCUGGCCUGCCCCUUGGCCCUCGUAGCCUCAGAUCAGGGUCCAGACACCGGCAUGCACCCAGCCUGCCUGCCUGACGCAGCUCCCUGGAGGCAGCUGGCCUUGCCUGGCCCGGCCUCAGUCUGCGGUUCGCUGCAGGAGGUAGCCAGUGGGGGUCUGUGCCCCGGGGGCUUCGAGGAGCACAGAGGCCGCGGUGGGACCCCGAGCACAGCGGGGGGUGUGCAGUUUUCUCCACGGCAUCCUUCUGAUACCGGCUGGGGUCAACGCCUGGAUGUGCUCGUGUUCCAGAUGAGCGUCAUCUGA